CGGGACCAGGCGCCGGGUGUCCCGCUCGCUCGUUCCAAACGCCGACGCGGACCCACCCCCACCACCUGCUCCAUUUUUAUGCUGCUUCUCCCUCGCUCGCCUCGCCUCGCCGCACCCGCAAUAGACUUGUCUCUGCUACCACCACGCCACCGCGUUUAGGAGAGAAUAGAGCAAGAGCGAGAGCAAGCAAGCAAGCGAGAGGUUUCAGCUGAUCCGAUGGCGGCCGCGGCGGCAGCAGCAGACGGGGAGCGGAGGAUCGGGGUGGCCAUGGACUACUCGGAGAGCGCCAAGAAGGCGCUGGACUGGGCCAUCGACAACCUGCUCCACCACGGGGACACCCUCGUCGUCCUCCACGUCCUGCACCACAGCGGGGAGGAGACCAAGCACGCGCUCUGGGCCAAGUCCGGAUCCCCGCUGAUCCCGCUCUCCGAGUUCCGGGAGCCCGAGGUGAUGCAGGGCUACGGCGUGCGCACCGACGCCGAGGUGCUCGACAUGAUCGACACGGCGGCGCGCCAGAAGCAGCUCAAGGUGGUGGCGAAGCUGUACUGGGGCGACGCUAGGGAGAAGCUCUGCGACGCCGUCGGGGACCUCAAGAUCGAUUCCCUCGUCAUGGGUAGUCGCGGCCUCGGCCCGAUCCAGAGGAUUCUCCUGGGAAGUGUGACAAACUACGUUCUGUCAAACGCAUCAUGUCCGGUGACAGUGGUCAAGGGGAAGUAAUGACCUGGGCAGCCUGCCAGUGAUAUGGCUAAAGUUUUUUAUUGUCGUGUCUUUUCUUCCCCUUGAAUCUUGAUGCCAGUGGUCAAGGGGAAGUGAUGACCGGUGACAACAAAAAACUUGUUAUUUAGCGUUCAGUUUGUGUGGUUUACACAUAUAUGUUCGGUAUUGUUUCUGCAUUUGAAUAAAGUCUUGUUAUUUAUGAUGUUGCAGCUUUCGCAAAUCCAGCUGAGGCUCUGACCUUAUCUAUAAGCUGUGAAAAUGUCCAUACUUUGUUCCUGUUCAGAUCGAAUUUUGAGGAUUCAUAGCCCUUUUUA